CAAAGGGAUGUUCAGCUCGGCUGUUUGACUGCCUCCGCUUUAGACAUACUAUGUAUCUAUCUUUUUUUUCGUUCUUUUUUUUUUUUUAUACAAAUGCUAAAUCAGACGUGCAUUGAAGUUUUUUUUGCAUUGAAGCUUUGUGUGUGAUUGCCAUAAUAAUAAUUUCUCAACAGUUCAAACCAUGGUUAUAUUUAGAUUUUCGAAAAUUUGCUGAAGGUCCUUUUACUGAAGGUGUGUUUCAGAGGAAGAUGAACAGUGUUUAGGAAGCGAAAACAUGAGCGCGUAACCGAGCUCUGUGCUGAAGUAAAAGAACAAUCACAGCUGGAGAUAAGAAGCAUGGCAGGAAAUGAACUAAGCCAGAAGCCAUCCACUGAGAUUGAGGACCCAACUCUGCAGACAGAACAGUAUGAUUUGAGCAUGAGUGGCAUUGUCAUCCAGCUAACAGGCACAAAAGGUGAAAGGGACAGUCUCGAAGAAAGUGAUCUUAUAGUCACACUAGACAGGAAUAACCAGAAACUACAUAAGUCCAAGUCAUCCUCUAAUGACAUGAAGACCGAAAAAGACAAAGAGUGGGCGCUCCACUCUCCAUUGUUUCAUGUUUCCCUGUCCCCUUCUUCACCAGGCUUACUUAGGGACUGCUCAACCUCCAGUCUGAGUUCCCUUUCUCUCUCCCACCAGCCUCUGGCUAGCCUGGUGAAAUCUAUUUCUACUGAGUUGCAGCUAAAAGACACUUCAUCACUUAAGCCCAGACCUUUAAUCAGCUUAGUGAAGUCUAUCUCCACUGAACUUUCUUACAGCAGUCCUGAGGUGUCCCAAUCCAAGUCAGACUCUAAGCUCAGCCUGCACUUGUGGACCCAGCUGAUUCAGUCUAAAGGCCGUAUUGGAGAGUCUCGCACUGCUCCUCCAUCUCCUGUCAAUCUCUACCCAACUGAAGCCAAAGCAGGCUUUUUUAAAAUGGAGCUAGAAGACACCCGUCGGAAACUCACUGAAGCCAUGCAUGAGCCUCUUAGUGUGUUUAGUAAAAUCAUAGGUGAGGACAGCACGGACAUGCUUAAGCACCAAAGGAGCACAGGUUCCAAUGAUUUUACCUAUUCUAAAUGGCUUGAGAAAUCAAGUGGUGAGCUUUCUGGGUUCGAGACUAUAAAAGUAGAAUGUGAGGGACUGGCCAAGUUGAACCAGCAUGUGAGACCAUGUAUAAAAUGUAUUCACUGCAGAUCCUGCCAUUCCAACAGUCACUUAAACAAACUGGAGGGUGAAGACCCUGUGGAGGACUGCACAUAUGAAGAUGCUGUACAUGAUGUAAUGGCAAAAAAUAAAAGCCACCCAGCACCUAAGGACAUAUCAGAGCAGCCCUGUUCUCCAGUCCCAGGGAUGAGUCUCAGCUGUGCUGCUGUUUUGUUAUACUGCUAUUUCAUCUUACCUUUGUCCUCUUAUUGGUCUGGAAUAUUUGUGGGAAUAGCAUUUGGCUUCAUGCUGGGGCUACUCCUCAUCCGAUUAGGAUUGACUAAACAUCGUUAUUCUGUUCCUUCAGACAGUUUUAAUCAGAAGAAACAUGACUGGAUUCAGGGUGAGAGCAAAAAGAACACACUUAAGGGCUGGAUUAAUGAGAUGUACACCUAUGAUCCAGAAACAUACCACCCAUCUCUUAUGCACUCUGUAUAUUUAACGCUGGAGGAGCACUGCAUUCGAUUGGAUUAUCCCCGCAGCAAUAUCCCCCCGUGGGCUACCUUCAAUGAGCCUUUUUAUGAUCAAAGCUUUACCCAUUCACGUAGGUUUCACUUGGAUGGCAGCAAGGUGUUCCUAUCACCCCCAACCUUGGCACAGAAGCGAGUGUGGAACAGGAAGUAUCCCAUAUGCAUCACUGUUGCAACGGCAGAGCAAUUAACAGAGGAUCAACAGGAUCCUCACUUCAAUGAGAAAUUAGCCAAAUCCCAAUCUAAAACCAAUUAUAAUACUACACUAUAUCUCUUUGCCAGAACAGGAAGGGAGAAAGAAGAGUGGUUUCAUUACCUUUGUUCAGCGUCCAUGUACAGAAAUGCGGGCCAGCAUGAUUCCGAUGUUUCUGUUUUGCAAGAUGAAAAAUCCUCUAGUUUAGUGCAGGUCACUGGGAGCAUUGAGAAUAUCUCAGCUAUGUCUGAUCUCAUCUCUUUAGACCAGGGCAGAUCUUCACCAUGCUUCUGCAAUAACAGCCGGCAAGGGAGUCCUUCUAAAAAAAAUCAGAGAGUGUCUCAUCAUGUGGAAGAAAUGCAGUCUGUCUGGAUGAAUGCCCUGAUCGGUCGCCUCUUCUGGGAUUUCCUCUGCCAGAAGUACUGGUCUGAUCAAGUAGCUCACAAGAUUCAAUGCAAGCUGGGCAAAAUAAGAUUGCCUUACUUCAUGGAUAAACUCACUGUAACUGAGCUUUCCUUGGGUUCCUGCAUGCCUCAGAUAACAGACUUGUUUCAGCCACAGGUCAAUGGCAGAGGUCUGUGGCUUCACUUGAACAUUGAGUACAAAGGAGCCUUACAGAUGACAUUAGAGACAAAGAUUAACCUGUCAAAAAUUGGCAAAGAAGAACUGGAAGCAGCACGAGAUAUUCAGGUCUACCAUGUAAGAAAUCCCAGGUCCAAACUUGCUGUACUGGCGGACAGUGAUGAGGAAUCCUCAAGUGCAGGAUCAUCUGAUGAAGAAGAAUUUCCAUCCAAUGAGCCUCAGGAAUUUCAGGGAGAGAAAAUCCUUAGUGCUGAGAGCAGUUUGGCUGGGGGCAGCACAGGCUGGCGGAUUUUGAGACUUGUUGACAAAAUUGCUAAAUCCAAAUACUUCCAGAAAGCUACAGAAAAUGAGUACAUCAAAAAGAAGAUUAAGGAGAUGUCAAACACACCUCUGGUUCUCACUGUUGAGGUUAAAGAGUUUUCUGGAAAACUUGCUGUCAAUAUUCCUCCUCCCCCAACAGACAGAAUAUGGUACAGUUUUUGUGUGCCUCCAAAACUUGACCUGCGAGUUCAGCCUAAAUUAGGAGAACGGGAAAUGAACUUCUGUCAUGUCACUGAAUGGAUUGAGAAAAAACUUCAAGAUGAGUUUCAGAAAGUGUUUGUGUUGCCAAACAUGGAUGACAUAAAACUCCCGUUUAUGCGCUCAGCCUUUGAGGGCCAAUCAGCACCUGAGCCUCCUACACUCCUUCUCUGAGCGCCAACCAGACCUGAUUCUAAACCAUGCUUUCCCUUUAUAGUAGUGCCCCUCUGUGGCCAUUUAAGAAAACACUAUUAUCACUGUGCAUUUGGUUUACAGGUAGUCGUCGACCUACGACCUAUCCAACU